AUGUCAGAACCACAACAGCCUCCAAAGACUGCCCCUGCAAUUGCAGAGCUCACAAUUCCAAAUGAUUGUUCUAUUCCAUCUCACACUGAAUAUAUCAUCGGUGGUCUCCCUGUUCACGUCUACGGUGUCGCAGAGGCCCUCGAGGCUGCUGCAGUUCCUGCAUCCCCCUCAGAGCUUGUAAUCCUUCAUCUUGUCCACCCACGCACCCGCUCUUACGAGUACACACAGCGUAUGGCAACAUUGUUACUGGCUGAAUAUGCUCGUUCAGCUUCUUCAAACCGACUCCUGCCACCUUGUGUUGCUGCUACUUUCGACCUCCGCAACCAUGGCCACAGAAUUGUCUCAACAAACAACUCCGACUGGCGAAGAGGUAACCGUGCUCACGGCCAGGACAUGGCAACAGGAAUUCUCGGAUCUGUCCAGGACGUGGAAUUAGUUAUUAGAUUUCUUCCAGCAUACCUUCCUCAAGCCCUCACAACACAGAAGGCAAACACCUCUCUUUCCGCUCCUAUUUGGAAUAUUGUGUCCGGGGUCUCCCAGGGUGGUCAUGUCACGUGGAAAGUAGCGGCUCAUGCGGCUGCUACUCCAGACCCCGGGGCCUACUCUAUUCUCGCUGCUGUACCCAUCAUUGGAGCCCCAGAUCUUACUACCCUUCUAGUCCACCGUCUGCUUGUCCAGGUCUGUGGACUUGAUCGUGAUACCGCACGGUAUUUACUUGAAAAUGAAGUCUUUGCCCAAUUAAAUGUCCCCUAUGCUUCCUUUUUGUCUUGGGAAUCUCUUGCAGCUGCAAUCGAGACUGCCCCUUUGUUUGCUCAAUUCUUAAAAGAUUUCCCCACAGGCACACUUCUAUCUUCAACUUUCCCAGAAUACUGGCCCCGCAUGCUUCACCAACAGUUAUCUUCAGAAGACCGUGCUACCCUUCAAAAAGCUCCAGAACAUGUCAAAAACGUCUUCAUUGUCAAUUCUCAGGCAGAUCCUUUAGUCCCAUCUUGGGUCUCCUAUGCUUAUGCUAAAAAACAUACCCUCACAGGCCGUCCACCAGCUGAAUCUCCGGCAGACAGAACCCUCUAUGAAAAGGAGGGUCUUGGCCACAUAUUUACAAACGAUAUGGCUGAUAUUGUGGCAAAGUAUAUAAUCAAUGUAGUUAACGAUCGUCACAAGUCUUAA